AUGCUUAGAAACGAGGUAUGCGAUGAAGUUUGUAAUACUUUUCGUUGUAAAUAUGACAAUUUUGCUUGUCGAUGCUCACCAUAUUGUAUGCCAGAAGAUUAUGGAAAAUGCAAACCAGCAUGUUUAGUAAAAGAUUGCAAGUAUGAUAGAGUCAGCAGUGAUUCUAGCAAGUGAUGCUAUGAUGAAGAAUUAAUAAAAUACACCAUUUAUCAGCAAAGUUUUACUUAUAAUACAAAUGCUAUUGUAUCUUUUGAAAUUUGUUCAGUGGCAUCAUCUAAUAAAUGCAAUUUAACAAUGUCAUUAGACUACAAAUCCUACUACCCUGAAUGUUUUUUUGAAGAAUGUAAUUUUGGCUUAUGCCACUUAAAUGAUGGGUAUCAUGGGUGUCCUAAUAUACCUCAAUCUUUUCCCAAUAAAUGUAGUAUUUACGACUGCUAUUUAUGCAACCUCACCUACUGUUAUCCUUCAACUUUUAGCAUAGGUGAAUUUGCUUUAACCGACAUUAAUUAUUGAAAGUUUUUUAAGCAUCCAGAUUUUCAGUUUUACUAUGUGACUUCAAUUCAGAAAGGGUCUUACCCAUCAGGAAAUGGGACUGCGAUUUCUCCAUUUGAAACACUUGAUUAUGCAUUACAGUUUAAACUGCCUAUUAAUCAAAGUUUAGCGGAUCCAUCUAUAUUGGAAAAUCAAAUACUUUAUUUCUAUUUAUUUAACGAUGGAAAUUAUACUUUAACUGACUGUGAUCCUUUAGAAAAGCCCUCAUCCGUUGUAAUAGGCUCAUAUGAUGGAAGUAAGAUUUUGAUAAAGAUUAAUGGAUGAUCGCGGCUUUCAUGCUCAAUGAUUUCAUAUAUCAAGUUUGAAAAUGUUAUUAUCGAUGGAUCUGGGCAAGAUAAUGGGUGUGAUUCUAUAUACUGCGAUUAUUGUGCAUAUAGUUUUUAUAAUGAAAGUGACGGCUAUUACUAUAAUGAUAGAAAUCAGCGCAUAUCACAAAAUAUAUCUUUAGAUAGCUGUCAGAUUGACAAAACUGGGAGUCUUAGCCUAUUUCAUGCUGAUUCUGAAUUGACAUUAAGAAAUGUUGAAAUUAGAAAUUUUAGAUUCAAUUAUGAUUCUAUUAUAUCUGGGAAUGGGACAAUUGAGCUAAUUAAUGUAAUUUUUGAUAAUAUAUGACUAAGUGGAAAAGAAACAAAUGCAGUUGUGCAUCCACAUGGAAAUUUUACUUACUUAGGAGGCUCUGUGACUAGAUUGAAUAACGGAUUUGAAUUUGGAGACCCACUUGAUUUUCGAGGAUUUUUGUAUUCUGAAUCUUAUUCGACUUUUAUUAUAAAAAAUGUGGAUUUUAAAUAUAAUUUGGUUUAUUUAAAACCAAAAAGCUCUCUUUCGACUGGUUCACUAAUAUAUAUUAGUAAUUUGAAAAAAUUUGAAAUUGAUAACUGCACUUUUAUGCAUAAUUAUUGUGAAACAGGAAUAUUUUACAGCAAAUUAAAUAUAGAAAGAUACGACUCUAGUAUUAAUGAAACUUUUUAUUUGACUUAUAUGACUAUUACUCAUAUAAUCAUUAAGAACACCAAUUUUAUAUCAAACUAUGGAAAAUUUGGAUUAAUCCGAGUAGAGUUUCUUGCCUUGCUAUUAAAUGUUCACCUAAGUAAUUUAACCAUUGAUUCAAAUGGCGCAGAAAGCGAUUCAUUAAUUUAUAUAUACAACUCUGCAGUAUUAGAUUAUUAUAAAACAAAAACAACCCAAACUAUUGUUUUUAAUAAUUUUAGAUACGUUGAUGCCAUUUCAGUUCCAAGAUGAUGCAAAUUUAUUGAUAUUUCUUUCAAAAAUAAUCAUGCCAAAGGAAUGAUCACUACAGUAAAUUUGGUUAAUUUUGAUUUAAAAAAUUUGACUAUAGAUUCUAAUGGAUCUCCGUACGAAGACUCAAAUGUCAAUUCUCUAAUUCUGAAAUAUUUUAUUGAAAAUAGGGAUGCUUAUGACUUAUAUUUAAGUAAACCAAAAUAUAAUGCAAAAGCUGUAGAUUGUGAAUUUAUGGUGAGUUUAUCGAAAUCAAUUAAUUUAUAUAUCGAAGAUGUUAAUAUUACAAAAAAUAUCUGUAGAAAUUCAUCACCAACUUUUAUAAUUGAUGAUUCAGAUUCCAAUAGCUUAAAUUCUCUAAGCUGCUCUGGGAAUGUUGGAAAUGGACCAUCGCCAGUGUGUUUUUAUUUUACAGGAUCUUAUGAUAGAAAUUUCACAAAUUUAAAAUUUAUUGAGAAUAUAAACAAUUACAUUUCAGGUUAUGGUGCACUAGGAGUUGAGAGUGAAAAUACUUUGUAUAUAUCAAACUGUUCUUUCAUUAAUAACCUAGCAGGUUUAUCCCCUGCAGUUUACUUUUCAGGAGUAAGUAUUUUUAUUGAGUCUUCAAUCUUUGAUUCAAAUGAAUCGAGGCAGGGCAAUGGUGGAGCCUUAUAUUUUGUUUCUUUAUUUCAAAAUAAUAAAAUAUCGUGGCUUAUUAUAUCAUUAAGUGAUUUUAUUCGAAAUUCAGCUUCUUCUAAUGGAGGAGCAAUUUUUUUGAUUCAGAGCUCAAGGUCAUCAGAAAGUCUUGACUUUAAAAUUUUGGAAUCAAAUUUUAUAGGAAAUUAUGCAAAUAAUGGUGCAGCUUUAUAUAUCGAUAGCUCAGUAGCACUUUCUAAAGAGUCAGUUAUAUUAGUUUCUAAUUUCAAUGAAAAUGUCUCAAAACAGUCAGGAACUAUAAUUCUAUAUUUCAGCAGUGGAAUUUUAUCUUUUAAAUCCUGUGUUUUCAUUGAAAACUCUUCAUAUUUGGCAGCUGUUUUGGGAAUUGAUAUAGGAGAAGAUACAAAAAAUUUGCCUUCAAAAAUAUGUAUUGAGCUCUCUAUUUUCAGAAAAAAUACUGGAAACUCAGUUAUUUAUACAGACAGCCAAAAUAGAAAUUCAACUGUUGAAACUAAGAAUUCUGUCUUUGAAUACAACAAUGCAAGAGUCGUUUUUUUGAAUUUUGAUUAUUUUACAGAUAAUGGUUCUGUUUUUCAGUUUAAUUCUGCUCCUUAUGGAUCUUGUUUUUACCUUCAAAACUCUGCUAUUUUAUAUGCAAGCUCAUCACAAUUUUUAAAUAAUACAUGUGAAGAAUACGGCGGAGCGAUAUCAAUUACUUCGAAAUCAUUUUUUUAUUGUGAAAGUUGCUCAUUUAUUCAAAAUAAAGCAAAAAGAAAAGGUGGAGUACUAAACGCUGAACAAGAGUCUCAAUUUUUUAUAUUAAAUUCAAAAUUCGAAAAAAAUUCAUGUGAAAAUGAUGGGUCUGCAAUCUAUGCUUUUAACUGCAAUUUGGUAGCUUCUUCUCUAAUUUUAUCCCAAUUUACCAACAAUUAUGCAUCAAACUUAGGUUUGAUUAAUAUGGUUAGCUCAAAAAUAGUGAUCUCAUCAUCCAUUUUUAGCAAUAAUUCAGCUGAAGGAUACACUCCAGGAUUAUCACUAACGUAUUCGAAUGCAGAAAUAUAUGAUUCAAAAUUUGAAAAUCAAAGAAGUAUUUCAGGAAGUUUUAUAUAUUUAUUAGCAGAAAGCAAUGCAUAUGUAGCUAAUGCAACCUUUUCUAAUGGAAAAUCAAGUGAAAGAGGUGGAGCAAUUUAUGCAAGCUCAAGUGUUUUAUUAAUCAAGGACUCAUUUUUUAACAAAUUAUCAUCUCCUAGUGGCGGUGCAAUUUAUGCUUCUUUUGAUAGCCAAAUAUCCAUAAAUAGCUCGAAUUUCGUUGAUAUAGAAAGCCUUAUUGGAGGUGGAGUUAUCAAUGUGAAUCAAGUCGAAUUAUCAAUUGAAAAUUCAAUCUUUAAUAAAUUUUCUGUUACAGGAAUAUAUGGAAAACAAAUAAAAAAGCUAGAAAUUGUAAAUUCUUCAUUUAGCAAUGGUUCAGGAAAUGAUGGAGGAGCUCUUUAUUGUGAUUCAUGUAGAAAUAUAGAAAUUAUAUAUUGUAAUUUUGCGAAUAAUUUUGCGUCUUUACAUGGAGGUGCUUUAUUUUUUAAAUCUACAAAAGAUAUCAGUAGCAACGCUAAUGUGACUUCAAGCAAGUUUUUAAAUAACUCGGCACAAAAUGGAGGAGCAAUAUACUCGAAUAAUGCAAAUUUAAAAAUAAUUUUUUCCAAUUUUAAGCAAAAUAAAGCUAUUUCAAGCCAAGACUUAACAAAUAAAAACAUUGAUAGUGGGAUUGGAGGGGGAAUCAAUAUGAAUUGUUUCGAUACAAAAAAAUGUAAAUUUGAUAUUAAUUCAAGCGUUUUUAUUGAAAACUUCGCUGAAUAUAAUGGUGGAGGUAUCAGCUGAGAUGACCAAACUCCUUCACUUUUCAAUAAUACAUAUAAAAAUAACGCAGCUCAAUACGGUAAAGAUAUAGCUUCAUAUCCAAUCAAGCUAAUGCAAGUAAAAGCAGAUGGCAGUUUAGCAGGUUUUAAUAGCAAAAGAUUAUUAUCAGACCCUGUUUCAAGCCUAAAUUUAACAGAAAUCGCACCUGGACAACGCAUUAAAAAUCAACUGCAAAUUGCUUUGGUUGACGAUUUAAAUCAUAUCAUAGCCACUGAUAAUGUUAGUGAAGCAGUGCUUAAAUCUACAAGUUUAAGAACCCAAAUUUCUGGAACAACAAAAGUUACUGCAUCAAAAGGAAUAUUUAACUUCUCUGAACUUGUUAUUUCUGCUGAGCCUGGAUCGAAUAUUCAAAUAAUUGCUACUUCUUCAGCAAUUGAUAUUUCCAAAAUAAAAUCUUCAGGUCAAAGCAAUUAUAGCCAAAAUUUAAUAUUAAAUGUGAAUAUGAGAAAAUGCAAAAUUGGAGAGGUCAUAUCAGGAAAAAAUUGUCAAAUAUGUCCCCAUGGGUUUUAG